UGUAAUCAUUUUUCUACGUGACUCGGUGCGCUCGAAAGAAUCGAACAGGUGCCGUUCUCUUUUGUUUUUACUUCCAUGUAAAUUAAACUAUAAAUAUAUAACAGCGUUAUAAAAACGCGAGAUUAUUUGCCCCCCCAGUGCACGUGACACACCGCCUCAACUUUUCAUCAAUCAAAAAAGCAAAAAGAACCUUUUGUUUCCUACACAUCUUUAAAAAAACAAAAAAAACAAGUUCAUCAUUAUAUUCCAUGCUGCGUGGGUAAAGACUGAAAGGUGGGCAAGUACCGAGUGCGCAGGAUCCGGCCGCGUAUACGUAACACAAAAGGCAGCCGCGGAUGAAUGUCUGCGUUCAGGGCAAGACCAGCACGCAGGACCGUGGCACUGAAAAUACGUUGUAUAGGGGAACGGACGACGCUUUUCCUUUUAACUUUGGUUGUUCUCUUUCUUUUGCCCCGUAGUCGCUAAAAAGAGGUAACAGUGCAGAGCGGGAGCGUGAAGUCGCUGUACGUGUGUGUUUGGGUCCCGCUACUACUAAAUGCCGACUGAUGCAGUGCUUCUUUAGUUCGCGAUCAUGUAGCAGUAAUAAUCACCAACACAUCAAUCUCCGUCUUUUAUUUGCAAACUUGAACGUCAAAUUCAUCCGGAUUCGAUCCCUGUGAAAAAGACAAAAGGUUAGCAAACGCGGACAGGGUAGCAUCGCAUUGGAGUAAGGAACUAUUCAAAUACUUUUUUUUGGGGGGGGGGGAGUCUGAUGACGACGUCGUCGUGGUAAAACGGCGCAGAGUGCACCAACUGGUGGCGGUGCGGCACACGAGCCGCCGAUAUGAAAACAUCGGUGGAAUCGACGACGGAGAGCAGCGAAUUGGAAAGACGCGAAAGGGAAUCACGUUCGCUAGCCUUGGAAAAAGCCUACGUGCACGAUGUCUACGACCAGCUGUCGCAUCACUUCUCCGAGGAGCGCUACCGGCCAUGGCCUCGUGUCCGCCAGUUCCUUGAACAGCUUGAACCCGGAUCUCUCGUCUGCGAUGCGGGCUGCGGUAACGGUAAAUACCUUCAAGUCAACCCAUCCAUCUUCAAAGUAGGUUCAGACCGAUGUGCUGCAUCAGUGGACGUUGCUCGACGCAAAGAUCACGAGGUGCUGAUUUGUGACGCUCUUAACCUGCCGUAUCGCGACGAAAGUUUCGACGCCGCAUUGUCUAUCGCCGUUAUUCAUCACCUGGCGACGAGGGACAGGCGAGUGCGGGCGUUGAGAGAGUUGGCGCGGAUCCUGCGCGUGGGUGGACGCAUCCUCAUCACCGUGUGGGCCAAAGAGCAACGACAUCGAAAGUUUGAAUCUCAAGAUAUUUUGGUACCUUGGCGCACACCUGAUCGUUCCAGCAGCGAAGAGAAAGCGGAUGUAGGCGGCAACGAGCACGAGUCUAUCGCUACCACGACGACGACAUCCGACGAGGACGUCACUCAUUACCACGCCUAUUCUCAAACAUCCGAGAGCGAUUCCUGCUAUUCGUGUAGCAAAAAGCAUCUGGAUGUCACCUGCGAUGGCCGAAUCCAGCAGCAAAGUCCGUCCGAUUGUCUGGUCACCGGAGUCCCUUCCAUUGUUGAGGAUGCAGCGCCUUGCACGAGACGACGACAUCAUCGUCCGCAUCAUCAUCACAAAGGCCGUUCGUUCGAUCCUCACCGGCCAUCUUGCAGUUCUCAGAGCUCAUCCGAUCUCUCCUCGCCCAGCGAUUCGUGCUACAGUUUCGUUCGCAAAGCUCUUCAAAAACUUGCGAGUACGAGACGGGCAGUGGGUAAUGGACAUCAGCGACGUUCGUGGUUUACGUUGGGCGAAAGUAUUGAACAUCAACACGGAGCCUGGAGCUGCGCAGCGUUCGAGGCUGUCGAUCCUUCUAAUGAACUGCCCAUUGAGUUGCGUCAUUUAGACUCGGAAGAAGACGGCGGAUUGGGUUCAGCAGCUGGAACGACGCAGACAAACGAGCGCAUCAGUCGGAGUAGUCCACCAUCUUUGGGAGGAGGUAAAGGUGAUUCGUGCAUCUUUUUCGGUACGGAACAGCCGGUAGUUGGCCAUCAUGCGGCCGACUCUUCGUCCAGCAUCAGUCCCAUUUUGCCAAGACGAUCGUCUUCCUCUUCUUUGGCUGCUGGAGGAGUAUUAUGCUCUUCUUCGGCUGGAACUCAACAUCCGCAUCAGCAAUCGCACGGUAAUCGGUCGCUGAGCCUCAGCGAUUUGCUUCAUUCUUUGCCCGUCUCUGUCAGUUCUUGGUUAAGGCAACGGCUUUCAGAGGAGGAUGCCAGCAGCAGCCUCAUCUCGCCCGGUAGCGAAAUGGACCGGCCAAUAGCUCCUCAUUCGCCUCCACCAUCAACAGAUCAGGAUCAAAUGCGUCGUCCAGUCAGGCCCAUGUUGACCAAACAAAAGCGAGUCGUCCAAAUUUUCGAAUCCUAUUGCGAAGAAGAGGAUGAUGCAGGUUUAACAAUUGCUCCAACAGAUGUCCUUCAACCUUCUAGUUCACUGCCAAAACAGCAGCCCAGGGUGUUCAAACAAGGAUCGAUGAACGAUUCGUUACUAUCAGCCGAACGGUUGAAAGAGCGUGAAAAUUUGAAGAACAGUUUAUUGCCACGUCAAGUCACCUGGUCAGGUGCGCCAUCUAGUUGUCCUUUAAUCGUCCCGGUCGCGGAACCGCCUCCAAAACCGAUAGCACCGCCACAGCCUUCAAUCGCUCCGCCAGCAGCCAAACUGCCUCCGGUUCUGCGACCAUCUCCUCCGCCUCCGUUAGCAGCAACGUCGGAUAUCGGCGAAGCUCUUAAAGACUUCACUUCUCUCCGCAAUGGAUUCGUCCGCAUCUGGCAAACACUCCGGGGUGAUUCAUCCUCUUCUUCUUCUUCAUCCUCCUCCUCAUCCAAAGCUCAUUUAUUGCUAGACGACCGAAAUUGCGACAAGCCCUGGUUGCUGGAUUCUCCGACGUCUGGCGAAGCACAACAUCCGGCAUCGAGUCGACCGUUGCCACCUGCGCGUAGGCCACCAUCGUUACUGGAAAAGCGGAUCAAAUCCUUUUGUGGAUGGGGUAUAGCGGAAGAAUCGUCUAGCGGACCAAUGAGCCCAUCACCUAGACGUCUGCCUCCCGUGGCUACUGAAGAGGAUUUCUUUAAUUUCUCAUUGCCGCGCUGUUGCGCCGAUCAGGAUUUGACUUUUCCGCGAUCCGUCCAUCCGCACAGGUUGAGUUACCAGCGCGAGGAAGGAUCGGAUUCAUCUUCGAAAGACAGCAGCUUGCAGAGUGAUACGAGCGUCGACUCGGAAGACAGUUGCGUCUCCGUCAUUUACGUACCGAGGCCGACGGAUCCCAAAGGCGAACAGGAGACGGGCGGACUGCUGGUCGAUCCAUCUGUGGCUAAAACGAGGAAUAAUUCAUCGAGCAGUUCUGACGGAUCGCCUAAAGUCAAAGUCUUCCCCACCUUGCUUUCUUUUACGACGGAAUUGGCGGAAUCCGCCAAUGCGGCAGCGGUUAAGAGUCCCGGAAUGACGACGGUUCAGCAAGAAGGCCAGCAGACGACCAACUCUCCAUCCAAGAGACAAUCGUGCCUUAGGCAGCCGGAUGCGUUGGCCCCUUUGAGGGAAGCCGAUGACAACAGCUCAACUGGAUCGGAAGCUCCGCUUUUCCAGCAGCAACAAACGCGGCCUGCCCAUCGGCUCCUCUCUUUCGAGGUGUUCAACCCAGAGACGGACGACAUGGAUAGUGACAGUGAUUGCGGCGAUAAUGGCAGUACCACCAGUGAAAGCUCUUCCAGCAACUCAGCCGGAAGCGUCAUCAGUGUGGGAGACCCCAUGUGGCCGGCGUUCCAGGACCGCAGGCAAACGAUUCUAAGCGGUUCUUCUCUCGAUUUCCAAACAUCCGCAUCGUGCGAUCUCGUCAGCAGUGAGCAGGCGGACAACAGUUUGAUCAAACAAGAUUCCAGUGAUAGUUGGCCAGCAUCCAUCGAAGAUCCAGCUCAAUUGACGGGAAGUUCUUCGCAAACUUGCUGUUCUCGUAACAAUCAAUCUUCGCCGAUUAGUUUGAUAGCUACGGGAACGCUGGAUUCUCAAGAAUCUAAAUCUCCAUCGUUGGGUGAAUCUUCAUCCGGCGGCUCUUGCACCAAACAACAACAACAACAAGAAGUGCAUUCGGAUGUGGAAGAAUGGAAAGUACGAAGUUCCUUGGGACCGCUGGAUGAAUGCCAUGAAGAAGAAGGUGCCGAACUCGGAGACGCGUUCCAGUACAAUAAAUCGCUCCAGCAACAACAACAACAACAACAACCUUUCGGUGGGCAGCAACAACAAUGGAAACUGGACAAAGUCAAGGGUUCCUUUUCAGCUUCGACGUCUAGUUUGGAUUCUUCAAUUAGCGCUCCGUCUUAUUCGAGUGCCCGCCAGAGUUCGAGCGCUUCCGCCGUCAGUACAACCAGCGAAAUGCGGAAGAAUUCCGACGAUUCGGCAGGAUUCAUGUCAACUCUUCCGCUUUUACGAUCGAGAGGCGCAAAUUGUGCUGCUGCAUCCGUCGCUGCUUCUAUUUCAUCCUUGGCCGGAUUCCGUCAAAUUCCUUCCACUACCGGAUCAGGCCCUUGCAUUCGUACACUAGGGAACAAGACCAUCAGUUCCGGUGACGACGAGUAUUGCUCUAAGCCGCUCAAUAAAAUGCUCCUGGCCGGAUGCGGUGGAGACCAGCGACAACGAAGUGCCGAUCGCGAUUCGUCGCUGAGCAUUUCCACUUCGCAGGAUUCGUUGCCGAGCGACGCCGCAGGAAGCAACACAGGCGAUGGCGGUGGAGGCAAUUCCGUCACUCUUCAUCGUUACUAUCACGUAUUCCGUCAGGGCGAAUUGGACCAAUUAAUUGAACGAUAUGUGGAUAGUCUUCACAUUAUCUCUUCAUACUAUGACAGGAGUAACCACUGCGUCGUGGCCGAAAAAGUUCAAGUUUGGACUAUUUAAGCACAAUUCAAUUUGUUUUUACUACAUUCUUAUUUGCCAUCUUUUACCUAGAUUUCUUUGAGCUCGUCUCCUCCGGGCAUUGUUUCAUCUCCUACCGGUGUAAACCAAAAACCAACCAACCAAACCUGCAAACAAUUUCAAUUGUUAUAAAACAUUAGAAAAUUUGAAAGACAUAAGAAAGAAAAAACGUUACGUUAUAUCAGUUGAUUUUCUUCUUUAAAACUUUUCUCUGAUUCCUGUCAAUCCACCAACGUGAAAUGCUCAUUUUAAAACAAUAUAUAUAUUUCAAACACA